UGAGUUUAACUGAAUUUCUUCACUCGGAUUUAGCCGCAGCGAGCUAUGGAUGCUAAUUUGCUUGCAAGAGAGACAGUGCUGCUGCAGGAGGAGGCUAUGGAGCGUUUGACCGCGAUGGCGACCGUGGUAGCAGCUGGACACUGUGUGACUCCCGCGAGCGAACAAGGUAAUAAAGCUUGUGAAGAGAGGUAGAGAGGGGUGGAAAAGGAAGAAAGCAAGCAAGCAAGCAAGGAAUUCAUUCGCAUGUCAGAGCUGCUUUCAAUGCUUGGGAGAUGGUGACGCUGAGAGAUCCUCAAAGUGAUGGUGAAGGUGAUGAGGAAAGAGAGCUUGGGUUUCAUUUGUGCUAUUCUUAUGGACGUUGAAGCCUGCAAGAGUGCAUGCUAAGUUCAGUACAGAUCAGAGCGUAGUCAAAGAGUUCAUGAGCAGCUAAUGGUAAUGGUCUGAGGAAUGAACUGGUGCUGCUAAGAAGGAAUUCCCAAGGCGGGACACUGCAUUGAAGUUUCAUCAGCACUAGUUACCCAGUGACUUGUUGAUCCCACAGUUGCAAUAAAAUUUCGUCACGGAAAUUACAAGACCACGCUUGGUGACACAUCUCAAGCACGUUUGGCUGCGUCGCGGAGAAUAAUGGUCGUUUCGCGGUUUUCGCUAUGUUUGUGCUUGGUUCUGGAAGUUUUACUUCAGAAUCAUUUGAGCGUAGCCGUGACUGUCUCAUAUGACCAUAGGGCUUUAAAACUAGAUGGGCAGCGCCGCAUGCUUGUAUCAGGAUCUAUCCAUUAUCCACGGAGUACACCCCUGAUGUGGCCAGGUCUUAUUGCUAAGGCCAAGGAGGGAGGCCUGGAUGUUAUCCAGACAUAUGUGUUUUGGAACGGACACGAGCCCACCAGAGGAGUGUAUAAUUAUGCCGGGAGGUACAACUUGCCGAAGUUCAUUAGGUUGGUUUACGAAGCCGGCAUGUAUGUCAAUCUGAGAAUCGGCCCCUAUGUGUGCGCGGAGUGGAAUUCUGGGGGCUUUCCUGCCUGGUUGCGUUUUAUACCAGGCAUUGAGUUCCGCACAGACAACGAGCCCUUUAAGAAUGAAACUCAGCGGUUUGUUAAUCAUCUGGUUCGAAAGUUGAAGAGGGAAAAGCUAUUUGCAUGGCAAGGUGGUCCAAUUAUCAUGGCUCAGAUAGAGAAUGAAUACGGCAACAUAGAUGCUUCUUAUGGAGAAGCGGGUCAAAGGUAUCUGAAUUGGAUAGCCAACAUGGCGGUGGCGACGAACACUAGUGUGCCCUGGAUAAUGUGCCAGCAACCUGAAGCUCCUCAACUUGUUAUCAAUACGUGCAACGGCUUCUACUGUGAUGGAUGGAGACCUAACUCUGAAGACAAGCCCGCCUUCUGGACUGAGAACUGGACUGGGUGGUUUCAGAGCUGGGGAGGAGGUGCACCAACAAGGCCAGUGCAGGAUAUAGCAUUUUCUGUGGCAAGAUUUUUCGAGAAAGGGGGAAGUUUUAUGAAUUACUACAUGUAUCACGGAGGGACCAAUUUUGAGCGCACUGGAGUGGAGAGUGUGACCACCAGCUACGACUACGAUGCGCCUAUUGAUGAAUAUGGAGAUGUACGGCAGCCUAAGUGGGGACAUUUGAAGGAUUUACAUGCUGCUUUGAAAUUAUGUGAGCCUGCUUUGGUAGAGGUCGACACUGUUCCCACAGGGAUAUCCCUUGGUCCUAACCAGGAGGCUCAUGUAUACCAGAGCUCCUCAGGUACAUGUGCAGCUUUCUUGGCAAGCUGGGACACGAAUGACUCUUUGGUGACGUUCCAAGGCCAGCCCUACGACCUACCCGCAUGGUCUGUCAGUAUUCUACCUGAUUGCAAAUCUGUUGUGUUCAAUACUGCUAAGGUGGGAGCGCAAAGCGUGAUAAUGACCAUGCAAGGCGCUGUUCCUGUAACUAAUUGGGUAUCAUAUCAUGAGCCUUUGGGGCCUUGGGGAAGUGUAUUUUCUACGAAUGGGCUGUUGGAACAGAUUGCCACGACCAAGGACACGACAGAUUAUUUAUGGUAUAUGACAAAUGUACAGGUUGCAGAGAGCGAUGUCCGAAAUAUUUCAGCUCAGGCCACGCUAGUAAUGUCCUCUCUUCGUGAUGCUGCCCAUACGUUCGUAAAUGGCUUCUAUACUGGCACUGUGAACGCCAACGGUUACGAGGCUAGACAACCUAUCAGCUUGCGACCUGGCAGUAACAAUAUAACCGUCCUGUCCAUGACAAUGGGCUUACAGGGAUAUGGACCGUUCCUAGAGAAUGAGAAAGCAGGAAUCCAAUAUGGAGUUCGCAUAGAGGACUUGCCUUCUGGUACUAUCGAAUUGGGAGGAAGCACUUGGACUUACCAGGUUGGACUUCAGGGUGAGAGUAAACAGCUAUUCGAAGUCAACGGAUCAUUGACAGCAGAGUGGAACACAAUUUCGGAAGUCAGCGAUCAAAAUUUUCUGUUUUGGAUCAAGACAAGAUUUGACAUGCCUGCAGGAAAUGGCUCUAUUGCCCUAGACCUAAGCAGCAUGGGUAAGGGGGUGGUGUGGGUGAAUGGAGUUAAUCUGGGCAGAUAUUGGUCAUCCUUCACUGCACAACGAGAUGGAUGCGAUGCUAGUUGCGAUUAUCGUGGUUCUUAUACUCAAAGCAAGUGUCUCACCAAGUGUAACCAGCCUUCACAGAAUUGGUACCACAUUCCACGACAAUGGUUGCUUCCCAAAAACAACUUCAUAGUGUUGUUUGAAGAAAAAGGAGGAAACCCGAAAGAUAUCUCUAUUGCCACUCGAAUGCCCCAACAAAUUUGCUCCCAUAUUUCACAAUCACACCCAUUCCCUUUCUCUCUAACCUCUUGGACUAAAAGAGACAACCUAACCUCAACACUACUGAGGGCUCCACUGACACUCGAGUGUGCUGAGGGGCAACAAAUAUCCCGGAUCUGCUUCGCAAGUUACGGAACUCCAUCGGGUGAUUGCGAAGGUUUCGUGCUGAGUUCAUGCCAUGCUAAUACUUCCUACGACGUUUUGACUAAGGCUUGCGUAGGGCGGCAAAAGUGUUCGGUACCUAUUGUCAGCAGCAUUUUUGGAGACGAUCCUUGUCCAGGCCUGUCAAAGAGUCUUGCAGCAACAGCUGAGUGUUCUUAGGUCUCAUCAGCACUAAAGACAGCACGUCGACAAUAACAACAUUAGGGAGAAGAAUAAGAAUAGUAAGUUAUAGGUAAAUUAGUUUGUGUACCUUAUGAUCCAUUAGAACCAACCAACCUUCAGCAUGAAAUUGACUUUUUAAAAGUAUUCCGUGAGGCAACUUUGGUGGGGCCUGGCUCUGGAACUGCUGUUUUGGACAAUUUCGUUACCACUUAGAAAUUGGUCCUGAUGAUUGAUGUCUAGAAUGAUUUGAAAACUUUCUGUUAGCUUUGCAAACUCCUUUAACAUCAACGAUCUUCCUUUUCAUGCAUACUCAUUCCACAUUCAA